AAAAUCAGCUGAUAGUCGUUUGUACACAGGAAUUUUAUUUUUUAUCGUCGCGAAAAAUUGAUUAAUAAUAAUUAAAGAAAAAGAUAAAAAGGAAGUUCGAAACACGUAUAAAAUAAUAUAGCCGAGUCAAAACCUCAUCAUCAUGUCCAUGGAAAAUGUCGAAGAUAUGCAACGCGAUUUUGCUGAUGUGGAUAUAAAUAAUGGGUCAAAUGAUGAUGAUGAUGAACAAGAUGAGCAGGUUCCUUCUCCUGUCUCAAAUAAUAAUAAUAAUGGCAUGAACCAACCUACGAUACAUCGCCGCGUUUCAUCUAGUAACAUGCAAGAUGUUCUUUCCGACAAUGGGGACUAUUUUGUAGAAAUAACCAUAUCAGAACCACAAAAAAUUGGCGAUGGGAUGGGAUCAUAUUUAACUUACAAAGUAUCAACCAAAACAAACAUUCCCAAGUUUCAACGUACGGAAUUCAGUACUCUUCGACGUUUCAGUGACUUUCUAGGCAUACAUUCGUUGUUGGCUAGCAAAUAUAUUAAAUUGGGUAAAAUUGUACCACCAGCACCUUCGAAGAAUAUUUUUGGCACUACGAAAGUAAAAAUAAGUCCACAACAGAGUGAACCUGGUAAUGGAUCAAAUGUUGAAUGGGUCGAACAACGCCGAGCCGCCCUAGAACGCUACAUGAAUCGUACCGCCCAACAUCCAGUCUUGAGGGUCGAUUUGGAUUUUAUAAAUUUUUUGGAAAGUGAUCAGGAAUUACCACGUGCUGUGAAUACCGCUGCUCUGAGUGGCGCUGCUGUGGUUCGAUUAUUUAAUAAAGUUGGUGAGACUGUAAACAAGAUAACAUACAAAAUGGAUGAAAACGAUCCAUGGUUCGAUGACAAGAUUACUGAAGUGGAGAAUUUAGAUACUAAUUUGCAGAAAUUACAUUCCGCACUGAAAUCCUUGGUUACCACGCGAAAAGAACUUGCCAAUCUCACUGGGUUGGUGGCUAAAUCCGCAGCCAUGUUAAGCACCUGUGAAGAACACACAGGUCUGUCAAGAGCUCUAUCAAGUUUGGCAGACGUGGAGGAAAAAAUCGAAAUUUUACGUUCUGAGCAGUCGAACUCGGAUUACUACAUCAUGUCUGAAUUUGUCAAAGAUUAUUUGGGAUUAUUUGUUGCUAUUAAAUCUGUGUUUCACGAACGGGUUAAGGUGUUCCAAAAUUGGCAGCAUGCCCAAAUGCAGCUGUCAAAAAGGCGUGAAAAUCGUGGACGCUACGAAUUAAAUAACCGAACUGAUAAAUUAGAACAAGCGCAUCAAGAAGUUGAAGAAUGGCAAGUAAAAGUUCAACGUUGUCAACAGCAGUUUGAAGAAAUUUCAUCGGAAAUUAAGAAGGAAAUGGAACGUUUCGAGUUGCACAGAAUAAAGGAGUUUAAGGCAAAUUUGGUCAAAUACCUUGAAGAUCAGAUGGCCCAUCAACAACAGAUUAUCACAUACUGGGAAGCAUUUGUGCCCUGUGCUCGUGAAAUAGUUUAAAAGUCAGAAUGAAGUCCCAACGCAUUUUCUCUCUAAACUCAAGUCAGCAUUUGUUGUUUUUGAAUAAUUCCCUCCUUUCAAGACUUUGAAUACACUACAAGUGACCACGACGACGAUAUUCGUUUGCCUCGUUUUCAAAAUUACUAUUAUUUUCAAUUAAUACGCGGGACCAAAUGCGUUAAGACAACAAACAGACUUUAUUAUGUACCACCACCCUGAUUUCGGACAAAUUGCCUUCGCUUACGUCUUUAAGAUCUUCUUCAUUGUGCUAAACAAAAGUCCAUAUUGCUUUGGAAAUAUCGGUAAAAAAUGUCAAUGCCAAUCCUUUUUUCUGUUGUUCAAAUUUCCUCAAUAUAACAAGAAGUUUGACCUAAUAUUCUUUUUUGUGUUGCUGUGAAUUAAAAAUCUGAUACUUUAUACGUUCCAUCAGAUGGUAAUUUGUAGACACAUGUUAAAAAAUCUCUUAUCAUUUACACCUUAUUUUACACAUGAAACUUAUAAAGUUCACUCUUAUUAUUAUUAUUAUUAUUAUUAUUAUUAUUAAUGUAUGUUUAGGCCCUUCCUAGUUUUGUAGCAGAGUACGUUUUAAAUGUAAUUGUUCUAAAGGAAGAGAAUCGGUAUUAGAAAAAGUUAAAUUAAAAACAAAACAAAAAUUGCCUUCACUCAAAUCUUGUAUGGAUUAGGAUAUGGGGAUAUCGCAUAAGGAGCCGUAGAAUUUUCUUCUCUUAAAACUAUAUGCGCCUAUUAUAAUGUAUACAUAUAUGAUUUAUUAUCAAACAAAACUAAUUGUGUAUUAUUCCAUUAUUAUUUGAAUCGAAAAUUAUUUUCCAUAAAACACAAAUACAAUGUAUAUAAUGUUUAAAAUA